AUGGACGCACUACAAGGUACAUUUUUCAGUAUGAUGGAACAAUUAAACGAAAAGAUUCAAAAUGAUUUGCAAAAGAUUAGCACAGCACCAAGCACCACACCAAGCACUGUGUCUUCGAUAACUGCUAACUUUGCAGUAUUCCAAACAUUCGUCACAAGUACUUUCUGCAACCUUCAGCAACAGCUUGAACUGCUAGCUAACCAGAUGGACCAAUUUGAGAUGCGAAGUCGAAGAAAGAUCUUGUUAUUACAUGGGGUACAAGAGUCCAGUGGCAGUAAUACUUCGCAAGAUGUAGUCAAAGUUGUUGCAGACAAAUUGAAGAUCCCAGGCUUCACUGUAGUUAACAUCAGCAGAUGUCACCGAGUGGGACGAACAUCUGGUGACAAGCCUCGUCCUAUCCUGGUAAAAUUUUCAGAUCUUGCUUUACGGAAUAAAAUCUGGUUUGCUAAGACUGGGCUCAAGGAUACUGGUAUCACAGUCUCUGAGUUUUUAACUAAAGGGAGACACGAGGCUUUCAUGUGCGCUCGACGCCACUUUGGUAUUAAGAAGUGCUGGACACGCGAUGGAUUUGUGUUUAUCGCCGGAGAUGACGGCACAAAACAUCGGAUCACCACCAUAACGGAGGUAAACAAACUUAUAGGCACUCUUUCUGCCGCUGCUGCGGUUGCGCCGGAAGCUGUCAGUUCGGUUACACCAGAAGCUAGAGGGUCAGUUGCACUGAAGGUUUCUGCUGCGGUAGCGGCCCGCAACAAGCGAGUCGCUAGAAGGUGAUCGUGAUUGAGUGUUUGUGAUGUUCCUUCUUAUACUGUAAUCAUUUAAGUAAUGUGAGUUCUAUGUAAGCAUAUCUAGUUUCAAAACUGUUCGUAACUUCCUCUUAUUUUACUUUUAUUGAAAUGUAGGUAGUUCAUGGUUUUAUUACUGAAUUAAUACGUAACUCACUUCACAUUUCUAUUUUAUUUACUUUUUUUCCUAAUUUUUGUUAUUGUUAUAUUAUUCUUGAUAUACAUGUUGACGUUCCUGAUAGUUUGGUUUGACAACUUAAUAAUUAAUCACUGACAUCUGUCAUACGUCAUGUUAUAUGUCAAAGACCGCGAA